GGGCAUCACCACAAGUCCACAACUACUUUGCUUGUUAAAUAUCCGUCGUGCUCAUGACAUGCUUGCCUUCUUCUUCCCCCCAACAAGGCAACAACGCAUGGUCUUCUUCCCAGCGCGACGUUGAGUUCCUCCCCAUCAUUGCCUCUCCCCUACUUCGUCACAAUCAUCGAAACAUUCUUCGCGUUCUUGUUCAGCACCUCUUACCUCAAUUUGGCUCUGGUCUGGGAUCAAAGAGGGAACCAGGAAUACAGGCAAAACCAAAACAGAGGAGCUCGUUUAAGUUGGCAAGAAUGGUGGAGGCCGUGGGUUCCUUUGGGAGCAGAGGCGCCGGCAUUGCGGGGAUGAGCAGCACGCUGGAGGAGGUGCAGAUGCAAGAGACCCUCGUCUUCUCCGACACAAUCGAGGAUCUCAAGACUCUGAGGUCACAACUCUACUCCGCCGCCGAGUACUUCGAACUUGCCUACAUGCAGGAAGAGGGGAAGCAGGCGGUGAUGAGCAACCUCAAGGAAUACGCCGUGAAGGCCCUUGUCAACACCGUUGACCACCUCGGCUCCAUGUCAUUCAAGGUCUCCAGCCUCAUCGACCAAAGGUUCGGUGAGGUCGCCGACGCCAAUCUCCGGGUUUCUUGCAUCCAGCAGAGAACUCAAGUUAGCCAAGCCUGCAUGGACAGAGAAGGCCUUUCACAGCAAUCCUUGGUGAUCACUGCCCCUAACUAUCACAAGAGAUACAUCUUGCCAGCUGGAAACCAGUCAAUGCCCAGUGCCGUGCCCAACUUCAGGGAGAUGAACAAGGUCACAAACAGGACUGCGCAGAUGCACCAAGUAUUCAGUGCGGCCCAACCAAAAGCCAAAGAGAAGCAGCCAUCAUUCAGCAAGUUGCGAUCAAUUGCCCGUGCACCUUCACAGCGUGCACGUUCAGCAUCACCAGCACAGCGUUCGCAUUCCGUGACACCAUCUGAGACUGCUAUACCCACCAACAGAGAUAGGCGAUCAGAUUCGCCAAUACCUUCAGCAACUCCAUUGACAAGGUCCGGAUCAGUCUCAAAGAAGGCAUCCUUGCUCAAGACGUCAAGUGUCAGGGUUCAGACAACCUCGCAGCCCAAGAAAUUGGCACCACUGAGGUCACAAGUUGGCAGGAGCAAAGACACUAUGGAUGGUGAGCAUACCCCAAAGAAGGGCAGGAAGUUCCUCAAGUCCAUCCUCAGCAGGCGCAAAUCCAGAAAAGAUGAGCCGCUGCCCAGUUAUUUCGAUGACUACUGAGCCUUUACUACCAGAUUAGGUGGCAACACUAUCUCUGCAUACUCCAGCAGCAGUGUUUUCAGACAAAGUGGUAUAUGUAUAUGUCCUCAAUAUAAAUAUUGUCAUUGUAUAGCAGUAGUAUAAAGGUUGGUAUAUAAUGUAAGGUGAACAUGGGAAAUUUCAACAAGACAUCUCACCAACUUGCCUGGUUUCUGUAA